AUGGUUUGCAACUAUUCGCAACCUUUUCACCGCUACAACAUCAGCACCAUCGAUACUCUGACAACUUCACUUCCCAACACGUCUGCCAUCCCCUGCACCUCCUCAGACGACGACAGCUCGACCACUACUCCGUCACCCCCCAUUAAAAAGCCUCUCACGGCCCGCUGCAGCGACAACGCUCCAGUCCACCGUGCCAUCGUCACCAAGCUAGAGGAAUGGCAUCACGUCCACCGCACCGGAAAACCGUUAUUCCGCUACGGACGCGAGCCCAAGUUGCCCUCACGCGUCUUCGAUCGCCUGGGCCGUGAGGUCCAGCUCCGCCGCAUGAACAUCGCCACAACCGUCUCGUACGACGUCCUCGUCCUCCACCCCAUCGGUGGUCCCCCAAUGAUCGUCGUCUGCCAUCCGACCAAGAACCAGUAUGGCACUUUCCUACGCGAAUGGCGCGGUGUCCGUGACGGCCUGGACCCGCAGUGUUGCGCCCUGCGUAUUUUUAUGCGCGGCUCCAACCGCGCUAACUUCCCCGACGACGCGUUCGACUGGAUCGAUACUCUCGACACGUCAAGCUCACCCGCCUUGAGGCGAGCCCCGCGCUCUCCCAGUUCAGUCAUCUAUCUCGACGCUGAAGUCCCCACGCCGUCGUCCCGUCGUUGGUCCCGUCAACUCCGGCCCACCGUCCCCAAGAAUUAUCAACUCCCCGGGGAUGACGUGUCUGUUGCGGAUGGCCCAACGAUCUCUCCCUCCUCGAAUCGACGUCCUCCCGCCUCGAACACAAAGCCUUCUCCCUCGAAUCCUCGAUCGCCCAGCCUGGUGUUUGAGAUCCUCUUCCACUGCUACGGAGCGAUGCGCACGCGGGCCUUCCCCUUGACCGAGUGCCGGUCCUCAGAGCAGCUAUUCGGCAAAGUCCAGGACUUCUGCCAUGUCUUCGAUCCUGAGACCCGCGUCAAUGUCCUCUCUUGCCGCAUUCCCUCCCAGCCGGAGCGGCUGGUGUUUCGAGGUAGUGAAGGCGAGUUCGAUCUGCUGGUCCGAUCGGCUCGGGAGGGGAAGGCCGCGAAUAUUCAGAUCCAUCCUUGUUAACUAGUUGUUUGUAUGGAUUCUGAUGUACCUAUCAUUGUUUUACAUAGAUGUACAGAGACUAAUCCGCAAAUCGGCUGGAUCGCGGUGGGGUGGAUGACAGGGUAUUCACUAAUUCUGAUAAUAUAGCAAGGGACAUAUAGAUUACCC